GACAUUUGAAAUAUUGCUGGCAUUUGCGGGGCAUCGUUUGCUCGGCAGGAUAAAGGAGACCUGUGCACUGAGACCGGGUGGAACCUCUUUGUGGAAAAAGAGAUUACUGAAAACAUUGAGUUUCGGGUGGAAAAUUGGCCUAGAGCACUUUCAGUGGCAUGAUGCAUAACUUACCAAUACUGGAGAUAGAUGAUGGCACCUUGGACAAUGUGGAGGCAAGGGAGAAGAAGGCAGUUGGGGGGAAAGGAGAGCCGCGACCCAUGGAAACCUCCUAUGAGACGGAACGUCCGCCAUCUCCAAAGAUUAGGAUUAAGAUUCCUCCCAAUCUGAGUAAAGAGAACACUUUUAACAAGAGUCGCCUCUUUGGUGCUAUUGUAAGGGGGAAACCUGAGGAGCUGGAAGGACUGGGGGACUAUUUGCGAAAAACCGGCAAAUUUCUUACCAACUCUGAGUACACAGAUGGAGAAACGGGCAAAACCUGCUUAAUGAAGGCCUUGCUGAAUUUAAAAGAUGGGGCAAACCCCACCAUCCCUUUGCUGUUGAAGAUAGACCAGGAGACCAAGAACCCAAGACCUCUGAUCAACGUAGCUUGUAAGGAUAGCUUCUAUAAAGGCCACACAGCACUCCACAUUGCCAUUGAGGAGAGGAAUCUAGAUCUGAUCAAGCUCCUGGUGGAGAACGGCGCUGACGUCCAUGCCAAGGCCUGUGGAAAGUUCUUCCACCAGCAGGAGAAAGGGGCUUGCUUCUACUUUGGUGAGCUUCCCCUCUCCUUAGCUGCUUGCACCAACCAGCCAGAAGUGAUCAGGUAUCUCCUGGAUAACCCUCAUCAGAAGGCCAACCUGGCAGAGCGGGAUUCCCUCGGCAACACAGUCCUCCAUGCCUUGGUGAUGGCGGCCGAUGAUGCGGAUGAGAAGAACAGGGAGCUGGUGAUUGGGAUGUACAACAAGAUCCUGAUGCACAGUGCUACGCUCAACCUGAGCCAGAAACUGGAGGAAUUAAUCAACAGGAAAGGCUUGAACCCUUUGACCCUGGCCGUCAAGACUGGAAAGAUUGAGAUCUUCAAAAACAUUAUUCACCGCGAAAUCAAAGACCCGCAGUACCGUCACCUUUCUCGGAAGUUCACUGAAUGGACCUACGGGCCUGUCCACAUCUCUCUCUAUGACCUGACCUCCAUUGACAGCUAUGAGGAGAACUCUGUGUUGGACAUUCUUGCCUACAGCAGCGAUACUCCGAAGCGGUACAAGAUGGUGGUCCUGGAACCUAUAAACAAGCUUCUUCAAAGCAAAUGGGACGCCUUUGCUGCCAUGAGAUUUUACAUCAGUUUUUUCUCCUAUGUGCUGUUCAUGUCAGUGUUCUCAGCUGUUGCUUAUCACCGGCCUCUGGAGGGGAAGCCUCCUUUUCCAGUGUCAAAUGCUGCUGGAGACGUAUUGUGGCUCAUUGGCCAGGUCAUUGUCUUAAUUGGAGGAGUAUAUCUCCUUUUUGCUCAGACCAUUUACCUGUGGAGAAGGCGCCUGUCACUGAAAAGUCUGCUUCAGGAUGGCUACAUCGAGAUUUUCCUGCUGUUGCAGUCAGUGACCCUGCUGGUUUCGGCAGUGAUGUACCUUGCAGGGAUGGAAGAUUACGUACCUUGGAUGGUUUCCUCCCUCCUGCUCGGCUGGAUAAACCUGCUGUAUUACAUGCGAGGAUUUCAGCAGACCGGGAUCUACAUUGUCAUGAUACACAAGGCUAUUCUGCGGGACGUCUUCCAUUUCCUCAUGGUCUAUUUGAUCUUCCUCUUUGGCUUUUCAACAGCCCUUGUCAUACUUACCGGGGAGCCUCCCCAGCCAGUCCAGAAUGGGUCUUCCCUCGUCAACAGUGAUGACAAAGACCAAGUCAAGUAUGCUGGGCUCCUGCAGACAUCCCUGGAGCUGUUCAAGUUCACCAUUGGGAUGGGGGAGUUGGAGUUUCACGAGAACCUGAAGUUCAAUUACUUUGUGAUGCUCCUCCUUCUCUUCUAUGUCAUCAUGACUUACAUCCUCCUCCUGAACAUGCUGAUUGCCCUGAUGAGCGAGACGGUCACCAAACUCUCUGGACACAGUGAAGGCGUUUGGAAGCUGCAGGCAACUAUUGCUAUUAUGGAGUUGGAGAAAAACUGGCUUUGGUAUUGGCAGAAGCCCAAGAGAUCUGGUUGCCAGCUGUCUAUUGGCUCUGAAGAAGAGAAAGAUAAGAGAUAUUUUUUCCGUGUGGAAGAGGUAGAUUGGGAUAACUGGAAGAAAGAAUUGGGAACACUCAAGGAGGAUCCUACAGACUCAGACCACAGUGAGAUGGUGUCAAAAGGGAAGCGUCUAUGGAGCUGGGUGUCACAGGGGAUGACAAACAUGGCGGCGUCAGAAGCAGAGGAGGAGCAAAUACCCUUGCGUGACAGAAGUCAGUGAGUGAGAGAAAGCCACAAGGAAGACGCGGUGAAUUCUUCGGGCCAUAUUAACAGUGAUGUUCCUUAAGCCGUGAAGUGUAAGAGCUUAGCUGGAGCAGCCUGGCCACUGAUAAGGCCGUGACUCAGACCCAAGUUCCAUGUCAUUUACAGAUUUGUGCUGACAGUCUUGCCUUAGAUGAAGGAUUAUUCCGUCUCCUGUCGAAGAGUCUCAGCCUAAGAACCAAGGAAGAGCCUGGCCGCAGGAUCAGGCCCAUCUAGUCCAGCAUCUUCUUCUCACAGGGGCCAACCCUAAAGCAGGGCAUGAGUGCAAAAACACUCUGCCCACCUGAGAUUCCCAGCAACGUUUAUUCAGAUGCAUCCUGCUUCUGACAGUUUAGGGAAAACAUAGCCAUUGAUAUCCUCCAUGAAUUUCCCUAAUCCUUAUUUAAAUCCAUCCAGGUUUGUGCCCAUCGCUACCUCUUGUGGGAGCGAAUUGGCUGUUUUUUAGUCGACACCCUGCAAAUGAAAAUGGACUCCACACCUUCUCUGACCCCCUGGCCACCAUUUUUGUUUUCACUUCAUUGUGUAACAACCUAACUCACACUUCCUGGAACAAUCACGGGUUGAAGGACAGCUGUCCUAUGAAAUUUGCACUUCUCUGAAUUUUCUGAUGUUGGUUGACGUGUGUGAAAUUGGACGAUACUGUACAGAAAUAAGCACCUUCGUGUCCUUGAUCCUAUUAAAGACUUCUUCAAAAUAAAAUUCCAAAGGGACUGUCUGGCAAAUAAAGGAAUGAAGAAAAUUUGUUUUACAUUUAAAUCGUACACUUUACUUAGUACUGAACUGUCAAACUGUGGGCGGG